AUGGCGACAAUGCAGAAAGCACCUGUUGAUGAUACUGGGACCACUCUUGCCCUCAUCGAUUCUGGACCACCUGCAAGCGAUUCAUACGCAACAAUUGUCUUUGUCCAUGGUCUAUCUUACAAUUCUCAGAUCUUCACUCGCAUUUUGCCUCUCGCCUCGUCCCAUAGUUUGAGAAUCAUUGCACUUAACCGGAGGGAUUAUACCAACUCAACACCUCUUUCGCAUGCAGAGCUUGCUCAACUCUUUUCUAAGGACUCCGCAGAUCAUAAGCGGUUCUUACACGCUCGCGGACUUGAAAUUGCGAGGUUCCUUGAAUGGGUUAUCGAUGAACUAAAGGUUCCUCCACUGCGAGGUACAAGUGGAACUGCGGGGGGACUGACACUCCUUGGUUGGUCAUUGGGUAGCCUCACAACACUGGCAUUUCUUCGACACCUUCCCAGCUUUCCCAAUGAAUUGAUUAGCAAGCUUGAACCGUAUUUGAAGAAUUUCAUCAUAUAUGAUUCUGGAUAUACCACACUUGGUUACCCGCACCCUCCGGGCGCCUAUCAUCCCUUCCGUGAUCCCGAAAUCCCUGUGCAGGAUCACGACAAGGCCUUUGUCGCAUGGAUAUCGUCCUACUUCACGCAUCCAUACUACAGCCUACCUUCCGAUUCACAAGAGUCACGCACGCUUGAACAGCUCGCUCUGCCUACACCAGUCCUGGGGUCCACCCCUGCUGAUGCAGCUACAUUCAAAGCCGCAUCAUACAUGAACAUCGAACCUGAAGCUUUCGCUGCUGCUAUUGACGUCCACCCUUACGAGAAGGCAUUCUACGGCAUCGUUCAACCUGAGACAAUCUAUGACCAGCUCUCUGGUUCCUUGUUCUUUACUUCCAAGGUUUCGUCUGAUCCCUCUGCGAACGCAAACGACAUCCCUCUUCCCGAGCUCCAUGUGAUCUAUCUCUACGGAACGCACUCUCCAUGGAGUACACAAUGGUCUGCGUGGUCACUGGAAUCAGACAUUGCUGCGCAUAUCGGGGAUAAGAGGCGGCCAGUGGACCUCGUAAUUGUAGAAGGCGUGAAUCACUUUUGGCACUGGGACGACCCUGAUGGAUUCCUUACACUCCUCGCGGAGAAAUCGGGCUCCCAGAAGCCGUCAUAA